CGCCGCCCGCUUCUCCUUGUGCCUUGUCAGCUUCCUGCCAGCAGACGAUGGCGGACAGCUCUCGCUCCACAAACAACGGGUCGCCUGCGCUGGUCCACCUGUACGCGCCGGCCAACGAUGCCAUCCUGAAGAAGGUGAGUCACAUGUUCGAGAAGAUGGACGCUGAUCAGAACAAGAAGAUCACGAGAGGUGAGGCGCUCAACCACUUCAAGGCCUUCAACAAGGUCAACACGAACGCCAUGUUCAACGAGAUUGACCUCAACAACGACUCUGAGAUCACCAUCGACGAGUGGAAGGGCUUCUGGGAGAACCUGCUGCAGACCGGCAUCUACAAGCCCGAGGAGAUCGAGUCCGAGCUCGAGACCCUGCUCCGCGGCGAGGCGUGGGUCGACUGGAACGACAACAGGCACACGUGACGAGAGCUCGGGAGCUGCGCGUCUGCGCGCGUGCGCGAGCCUUCAGCUCCGCCGUAGGCCGCGUGUCGAAUGCAUGUGCUCAGAGACAUUGGUAGUCAGUCCUGAUCCUCCUCCAUCGGCAUAGGAGAGAGAACCCAUCACGCAUCAGCAGUCCCCCCCCCCGGCCACAUUUCUUGUCCUUUCAAUUAUUAUUUAUUGGAGUUUUGGUGUUUGAUUCCGCAUUCAGGUGUUUCCAGAGGUGUUUGUGCGUGCCGCCGUCCCCAGCACACAUUUUCCCCACAUAUAUGAUCAUCACAUAUACCAGAGAAGCAACGGCGCGGACACACAUGACAAUUUGUACUCUGGAAAAGCGCGACUCGGGGAAGCCAGCGCGACAGGGCGCGGCGCGCGGGGGCGGCCUUCCGGCGUCUCGGAGUCCCCGAGGGACUUUGGGUGCAUGCACCAUCGAAGCAUCGGAUGUUGCAUGUGCAUAUGCAUGCAUCACCUCCCACCAUCCACCAGUCCCGAACCGCGCUCGUACUAUGCCCCCUCUGCAAGCGGAGAGUUCACUCGGAGUACCCAGGCCCGACUCCGAUGGGCGUCGAGCAGAUGAACACCUUGCGGCCCGCUGUUAUCAUGGGCAGCGCCAGGCAGGUGACGGCAGCGUCGUAGGCGGCUGCCGAGCUGCAGAAGUACCACUCACGGCUCUGAUCCGGCACAAACUGCUUCGGAAUCCAGAUGCACUCCAUCCCGAGGUCGCCGGUCGUCAAGCCCAUGUUGACCCAAGCCGCUUCGGCCCACAGGAUGUCCGCAGGCGCCGCCGACCACUGCACCAUCAUGGACGGAGCUGACGCGCGCGACGCCCGG